AUGGGCCGCGAGCUCGACCGUUUCGCGGUCUCCCUUCCCGACUACCUUCACUGCCCGGUUUGCCUCGGCGCCGCCUACCCGCCCAUCGUCUCGUGCAGGAGCGACCACAUCGUGUGCCAGGAGUGCAUCGACGAGAUGCGCCAGGACGAGCGCCCUGCGCAGUGCCCGUCGUGUCGCGAGGUCAUGCCCGUCCACACCAAGGUCUCGCUCGGCUUCAAGCGAGCCAUCGAGCGCUACGGGUACAAGUGCGAGCGCGAGGGCUGCGAGUGGGUCGGCAGCGUCGGUGACCUCGCCCAGCACCUCAAGAACUCGUGCGAGUACCGCAAGAUCAACUGCCCGCUGUGCAAGUACGGCAUCUUGGCCAAGGACCGCAUCGCGCACGUCCACGACUGCCCCGAGGUCUUGAUCGUCUGCCCUCGCGGCGGCAGGGAGUGCAGCGGCAUCCAGGCGUCGGGAGGGCACGGCCUGUUCCGCCGUCGCGAGCUGCCUGAGCACGACAAGGUCUGCGCCAUGUUCAGGUGCCGCGUCGGCUGCCACACCUACACGCUCUUGACCAACCGCGAGCCGCACGAGAGCGAGUGCGCGUGGUCGCGCGCGCGCAUCGCGACCCUCGAGCAGAAGCUCGUGCGCGCUCAGGAGCAGAUCGCCGAGACGCGUGCGACGCUCGAGCUGCGACUCGCCGCAGAGCAGCAGGCGGGCAGCGUCGCUGUCGAGCGCCAGGACGAGCAGGACGAGGGCGAGCGCGCCAUCGGUCAGAGCCCGCCCAAGCGCCCUCGUUGCCUGGGGCUCCUCGAGCUCUACUCGGACGACGAGAACGGGCCGGGCGAGGGGCUGCGCAAGGGCGCCAAGGGUCGAGCGGCGGCGGGCGGCGGCGGCGGUGGCGCGGGCAAGAAGCCGGUCGCGAGCGGCAGCGGCGCGCGCGCUCCGGGCGUCCUCGCCCAACAGCCGCAGGCGUCCUGCAACCGCGGGCCCGGGACGAGGAUGCGCCUCAAGUGA